CAGGCCCGGAUGCGGCGCUCACACCUUGGCUCUCCUGUUGUAGUGGCUCCGAUAGCUCCCGCGGCUCCAGGGGAGACCUCGGGCGAUGGCGGGCGCAGGCGGCACCCAGGGGCGCGAGCGCUGGUGCUGGACGCAAGGCUCGGUGGCGCGGUGGCGGCGACAGCGGCGACGGCGGCGGCGGCAGCCUGGACCAUGGACCCCCAUGAGAUGGUUGUGAAGAAUCCAUAUGCCCACAUCAGCAUCCCUCGGGCUCACCUGAGAUCUGACCUGGGGAAGCAGUUAGAGGAGGUUCCUUCUUCAUCUUCCUCCUCUGAGACUCAGCCUCUGCCUUCAGGAACCUGUACCCCAGAGCCAGUGGGCCUCUUAGAAACUACUGAAGCCCCAGGGCCCAAAGGUAUCAAGGGCAUCAAGGGUAUUGCUCCUGAGCAGAACCAGCAGACCUGGCAGUCACCCUGCAAUCCCUAUAGCAGUGGGCGACGUCCAUCGGGACUGACUUAUGCUGGCCUGCCACCUGUCGGGCGUGGUGAUGACAUUGCCCACCACUGCUGUUGCUGCCCUUGCUGCUCCUGCUGCCACUGUCCUCGCUUCUGCCGUUGUCACAGCUGUUGUUGUGUUGUCUCCUAGCUGACUAUCCAACCUCCAGAGCUGUGGGCUCCAGGUUUCUGCUCAGUGCCAAAAAGUGGUGCUGGACAUCAGGAACAGCCAUUGUCAUGAGCAUCAGCCGUUUUCUGCCCUGGACAGGGAGCCUGUCCACCAGGAAGGUUCAGCUGGAACCCUCUGGAAUAGGGUUCCAGCCACUAGCCAUGUUGGCAGCAACAGGGACACCUUUCACAUCCUGCAAAACUUUGUCAAUAAAGCAGGAUGAGCGUU